ACUCGUGCUGCAUCAUUUUUACAAUCGUACCCUCUCGCUCGUCAUUAUUUCAUAUUUCAUACAUCACCCCGUCCUCCCGGGACCGCAAGCGCGCAGAGCCGCAGAGCAGCGGUGACAAAUGUUUGCACUCGACCCCCUGGAUCCUCGUUAUUAACACUUCCACCCUCCCAAAUACAAAAGCAGGACCGCGACUCCGCGAGGGAAGCGGUGACGCACCGCCAUGGGCUACGAGGGUGCGCCGGGCGGCGGCGGCGGGAAGCUGUCGCUCGCCAGCGUGGGCUUCGCCGGCGCCGGCGCCAGGGAAGGGGGGAGCGGCGCGGGCGGUGGCUACAAGGAGCUGCUCGUCAUGACGCUGCCUAGGGACGACGGCCUCGACGGCGCCAAGGUCGCGGAGGUCAUUGGCGUCAGGCUGCCAGACGUCGGAGGGGUCAUGAGGACUAUUUUGGGGCGCAGAGAGGCCAGAGAAUUUGCCAGUGGGGCAUUAGCUGGUGCUAUGUCUAAAGCUAUUCUUGCCCCUCUUGAGACUAUCAGGACAAGAAUGGUUGUAGGAGUAGGAUCUAGGCAUAUUUUUGGUAGUUUUGUGGAGAUCAUUGAACAAAAUGGGUGGCAAGGGCUUUGGGCGGGUAAUACAAUCAACAUGAUCCGCAUUAUUCCAACACAAGCAGUUGAGCUCGGAACAUUCGAGUGUGUCAAAAGGAGCAUGGCAGAAGCGCAAGAAAACUGGAAAGAGAAUGGUUACCCAAAGAUACAACUUGGUAACCUGAAAAUCGAGCUGCCACUCCACUUCUUAUCUCCAGUUGCUAUUGCCGGUGCAGCUGCUGGUAUAGCUGGCACAUUGGCAUGCCAUCCUCUUGAAGUUAUUAAGGAUCGCUUAACUAUCAAUCGAGAGGCUUAUCCUAGCAUUAGCCUUGCCUUCAGCAACAUCUACCGAAGUGAUGGUAUUAGGGGCCUCUAUGCUGGCCUCUGUCCGACACUAAUUGGCAUGCUUCCUUAUAGCACAUGCUACUAUUUUAUGUACGAUACGAUCAAGACCUCUUACUGCCGCUUACAUAAGAAACCAUCUUUGAGUCGCCCUGAGCUACUAGUUAUUGGGGCUCUGUCAGGUCUUACUGCAAGUACAAUUAGCUUUCCGCUGGAAGUAGCAAGGAAGCGACUAAUGGUCGGUGCCCUGCAGGGUAAGUGCCCACCAAACAUGAUCGCCGCCUUGUCAGAAGUGAUCCGGGAGGAGGGCCUCUUAGGGCUUUACCGUGGGUGGGGCGCGAGCUGCCUGAAGGUCAUGCCGAAUUCUGGCAUCACCUGGAUGUUCUACGAGGCAUGGAAGGACAUUCUUCUGGCUGACGAAGACAAGCAGCGCGCUUAGCGAGCUAGCUGUUGAGCAAUGAAGGCGUUGCCGUCGACUACGAAGUUUGCUCCUUGGCUGGGAUUUCUGAUCCCUUUUCAGUUUUGGAAUCCAGCCUGUGCGGAAUGGUUAGUUAGGAUGCGAUGCUUUUUUUGGCCGAUGAGUGGAAGCAGUUGUUUCUCACCAAUUCAGAACGUCUGGUCGCCAGUUUUUUUGUUAGCAAACAGAUUUCAUGAGCUCGUAACAUUACGAAUGCAGUGAUUCGUCGAUAAAAAGAAAUUACGAA